UUACCGUGCCAAUAUCGGUAUACGUAGACGUAUACCGGCGCUCAAUAUUUUACAGCAUUAGAAUAUUACAGACAAACGUUGUGCGUCGUAUCAGUAAGUCGAGAAAUCGAUUUCGCCUAUAUGAAAUUUCGAUUUGUUUAUCGUUAGUAUUGUUCGACAUGAAAACAAUUAGCGAAUAUUAAUAAUAAUACAAGUAUUGUCGUACCUAUACAAUUACGAGGAAUACCACUGCUAACGAUCGCAUACCAGAAAUAUUGAACCAUAUAAACAUGAGAAAAGUAAAGUGUUUUGUUAUUUUAGUAUGCAUGUUUGGAAUGGCAGUAGCUCAGUCCAACAGUGAUUGCAAUACUCCAAAUUUUGAAAAAGGUGUUUGUGUCAAUAUUAAACGCUGUCCAAAGUUACUAACUCUAUUAGAAAAUCAAAGACAAGUGCCGUCUGUUUUAGUCUUUCUUAAGAAAUCUUUUUGUGGAUUUGAAGGCAAAAAUACAAAAGUGUGCUGUGCUUUAGAAAAUAAUGUUGCACCGUUUACACCAAAUGCAGUGGAACAGACUGGGGGCAUUGGUUUGGGUUUAAAUUCAAAAAUACCAUCGGAAACAACGUGUGGAAUAAGCAAUGUCACCCGCAUUCGAAUCAUUGGAGGAAACCCAGCAGAAUUAGGAGCUUGGCCUUGGAUGGCAGCUCUAGGCUAUCAGGGUACAAAUAAAAAUAACCGUGCAUUACAGUGGCGUUGCGGUGGUACAUUGGUAACAAAAACACACGUGCUAACAGCCGCGCACUGUGUUUAUAAUAUUAAUAAUGCAAGAUUGACUACUGUACGAUUAGGUGAAUUGGAUUUGGAUCCUAAUGUCAUAGACAAUGCAAGACCAUUAGAUGUUCCAGUUGAACGUAUCAUUAUUCAUGAGGGAUAUAACGGAAUUAAGAUAGUCAAUGACAUAGCAUUAUUAAAAUUAAAAAAUAGUGUAACUUUUAAUGAAUUAAUACAACCUAUAUGCAUGCCAAUGACUUCAAAUAUGAAACGGAUAGAUAUGUCGAGAAGUUUGCCAUUUGUUGCCGGUUGGGGUACCACUGUUCCUACGGCUACUUACAGUGUUCCACCCGUAACUACUUUGAUGGAAGUUCAAGUUCCAAUAACGAACAGUCAGGAAUGUGAACGUGUUUAUUCAAACGAACCUGCUUCAGUAAUUGAUGAUAGAGUAUUAUGUGCUGGAUAUCCAGAAGGAGGAAAAGACUCAUGCAGGGGUGAUUCAGGAGGUCCAUUAAUGUUUCCAAAAGGAAAACAAUUUUAUUUGGUGGGUAUAGUUUCUUACGGAUAUAAAAAAUGUGGUGAACCAGGAUAUCCAGGCGUCUACACUAAGGUAGCUUCAUUCAUGGAUUGGGUUGUUGAUAAAAUAGGUAAAAAUAACUUGCUAUUCAAGGUAGUAUUAUAUAUUAGAGUCAUCAUAUGGCAGCUUCUUGCAUACCAGUUCUGCUUCAUACUCGUUUUCAGUUCCGAUGUAUACGUAUACGCAGAUUUGGAUCGUCUCAUUUUAUAUUUUAACAUGAGGAAAUACCAAUAUUUUAUUUUUAUGAUAUUUAUAACCAGAGUGAUCACUGCAUAUCCUAAUAAUGUAUGCCAUACACCAAACAAUGAAAACGGCGCUUGUAUUGAUAUUAAGCAUUGCAAAAAGUUAUUAGUGCUGUUGGAAAACCAAAGACAAAUUCCAUCUGUAAUAACUUUUCUGAAGAAAUCUUUUUGUGGACAUGAAAAUGGUAUUACAAAAGUAUGCUGUCCUUUAGAAAAUACAUUUUCAGAUGAAUCAAAACCAAACAACAUAAAAGAGUCUUCAAUUAAUAAAAAAAUUAAAUCAUCAAAAUUACCAUCACAAGAAACGUGUGGACAAAGUUUUUCUGUUGACAAUCGAAUUUUUGGAGGGAGAAAAUCUGUAUUAGGUUCUUGGCCUUGGAUGGUAGCUAUGGGAUACCAGGAUUUAAAUGAAAAUAGUCAAGAAUUACAUUGGCUAUGUGGUGGUGCUUUGAUCACAAAUACACACGUAUUAACAGCUGCACAAUGUGUAACUAAUCCAAAUACUGUUAGGUUAACAGUGGCACGCUUAGGAGAUUUGGAUUUGGAUUUUAAGGUUAACGAUGGUGCGACACCGUUAGAUGUUCCCAUAGAAAAUAUUUUAGUGCACGAAAUGUACAACUCUCGAGACAACACUAAUGACAUUUCGAUAUUGAAAUUAAAAAACAGUGUUACCUAUACUCAAUUCAUUCAACCAAUAUGCUUACCAAUCCAGUUUGAUAUGAACCACGUCAAUAUGACUAAGCUAUUUGUUGCAGGCUGGGGUUCAACGCAGCAAUUUUUUCUCUCCAGUGAAUCGCGCAAUACUGCCAUGAUGGAAGUUCAAAUUCCAUUAAUGGACAUAAAGAAAUGUAAAGAAGUGUAUGCCAAUAGAUACAACACGAUUGAUGACCGAGUUCUAUGCGCUGGAUACCCGGAAGGAGGAAAAGACUCUUGUGGAGGUGAUGCUGGAGGUCCUUUAAUGUGGCAAAAAGAAAAUCAGUACUAUCUAUUGGGAAUAGUUUCUUAUGGAUUUGUAUCGUGCGGUGAACCAAAUCAUCCAGGAGUAUACACCAGAGUAACAUCAUUUAUUGAUUGGAUUGUGGAGAAAAUAAACAAUAAAGUAUACAGAUAUAAAAGUGGACAUCGACGGAAAAGAAAAAAACUAUACAGUUUUAAUAUGAAAAAAGAACAAUACAUUUUUUGUGUGAUUUUCGUGAUCGGGAUGAUAACGUGUCUGCCCUGUGAAAAAAAGAUAUUUACAGGUUCAACUGAAUCGACGGUUCAAGUAAGAUUAGCCGCCCGUAAUUUAGAAUUCGCACCAACAAAACUAAAGGAUAAAAUUAAUACAAAUGAAAAGGAUUAUGCGUCUAAAUUACCAGCACAAACCAUGUGUGGCAAAAGAAAAGUCCCAAGCUUUCGAAUACUUGGAGGAAGUGAAUCGCAAUUAGGUGCUUGGCCAUGGAUGGUAGUCUUAGGAUAUAAAAAUUCAAAUGAAAACAAAAAUUAUUCUAUUGAAUGGUUAUGUAGUGGUACAUUAAUUUCUAAUACACAUGUCUUAACUGCCUCUACAUGUGUUACCAAUACUGGGAGAAAAGUAUUAACCGUGGCACGCUUAGGCGAGUUGAAUUUGGAUCCCAUGGCCGAUGAUGGGGCAACACCAUUAGAUAUUCUGAUCAAACGUAUUAUAAAUCAUGAGGGGUAUGACUCACGAAAGAAAAUCAAUAAUAUUGCAUUAUUGGUAUUGAAAAAUAGUGUUACAUUUAACGAAAUAAUUCAACCAAUAUGCUUACCAAUAUCGCUGGAUAUGAAAAUUGUCGAAACAUCAAACAAUAUGGCAUUUGUUACGGGCUGGGGAAGUACCAAUGCUUUACCUCAAAACAAUGAAACGAGUUCAACGUCUUUAAUGGAAGUUCAAAUACCGAUUUCGAAUUUAACAGCGUGUAAACAGGCAUAUUCAACUUAUCAAACCGUAAUCGAUGAUAGGGUGAUAUGUGCUGGAUAUUCGAAAGGAGGAAAAGACUCUUGUCGGGGAGAUUCCGGAGGUCCAUUAAUGUGGCUUAAAAGAAAACAAUUUUAUUUAAUUGGUAUUGUUUCUUAUGGUUAUAAGGAGUGUGGUGAUCCAGGUCAUCCGGGCGUAUACACCAGAGUGACGGCUUAUACGGAUUGGAUUUUAGAUAGUAUAGGAAACUAG